UCGUUCGGUAGGAUAUUUCCGGGUUUACAAGUUGUCUCGUUUGAAGUUUUACUCUAUCAAUCACCAGUUUCGAGUAGCAGUAAGGUUGUGAAAUCAAUCAUUUCCGAGUGUCUUAUUUUCGCGUAAGGUUGUGUCAGCGAACCAAUUUUCUUUAACCCGAACGUAACGGGGUUCGGUUGUUCUCGCAGAGGAGGAUGGUAAGCGACGACGAGAGCCAGGAUAACAAAUAGCGGCGAAGCAAGUGUAGUGGGAGAGAAAAUUUGUCCUCCAUACAACACUUUCUCUCGCUCUCAGAGUCUCAAUGGACCCGAGCCCGGCUGUGUUGGUGCUCGUCAGGACGAGGAAAAGUGCAUUUUCACUGCUCGAAUUCGUACCUCCGGCGACAGCGACAGCAACGACGAUGUUGGUGUUGGUGGUGAGCCGCUGUUUUGCUCGACGGUAACCAGAACAGCAGGCAGCUAGAAGCGGGCCCAACACACGAUGGAAAAUCAAAAUUAUCAAUCUUCCCAUUCACGUACUCAGUCUUUGGCGGAUAUUCGGACGAACGCGUCGCGUGUGUCUCUCUGGUGGCGUGAAUGUUUUUCCGAGCGCUAUUCGUGACACGUCUCGUGAGUGUUGUUUUCCCGGGCGCGCUUGGUUCGUUUAUCGUAUUUACCCUAUCGGCCGAGCGCGGAUGUAACGAUCAAGAUCGGCGGCAUGCCAGCGGGUGUUCAUGAGAUCGACACCGGUAAUGAUCGCAGCUGCUUGAGCGCCGUGAACAGGUGGCAGUGCUGAAGUACGCAUAAUUCCGUCUGUGUGUGUGUGGGGGAAAUUUAAAACCGAAAAAAGCUGGUUCGUGCUUGAAGGAGCAACAGAAAAAAAAAGUGGCGGAUAAACACAAUUGACAUUGGUGACAAGUGGAACAAUCGUGUGGGGCCGGUAGAAUAUGGGACAACCACGAAGCAAGCGUCCAAUAUCGAUUGAAGGAUUGUGUGCACGGUGUGGCAGCUUUAAGCGGGCUCUUUAAACGGACAGGUGCCAACUGAAGCUGAACGCGGUACCCACCGGCAAUCCGCACGGGUUUUGAUGGAUGUUGUUUGUGGUGUGUGAUUUUUCUAUAUCCGUGGAAAUCAAGAAAGUGAGCCUCUUCAGUCAGUCGUUGCAACAAGUGUCAGUUUGAAGAAGAAGAAUCCGCCCGUUUGCCAGGGAAGAAGUGUGACAAGCUUAAGCAAGCUGAAGGGAGCAAAUCCUUCUUUCAGUUGAUGAUAAUAUUAAUAAAAAAGGCAAAAAGUUAGGAAAAGCGCAAAGUAAUAAGCCAUAGAGCAAAAAAGGUGGUGUUCAUUUUCUACCCUUCUAUUCGUGAUAAGAGUGUUUUUUUGCGUGUGCGUCUGUGAGUGUCCAAGUCGUUCUUUUAUCUGUGUCCAAGUUUUCUGUGCAAGUGUCCAAACCCCUCGUCACACAUAAAUCAAUCAAUCAAUCUAAAAAAAAGUGUUCCUUUCAAAUAAUCACCAACAAACAAUGCUUAAUUCGUUGGAAGCGUUGGCCGGCAAGAUCUCGCCCGGAUCCGGCAAGAGUUCCCCCGCGUCCGGCAUCGACAACAAUGGCAACAAGGUACUGCUGGGUGGAUAUGCCCACCAUCAUCAUCACCUGCUGCACUCGGCGAAGCAUCCCUACCAGAAGCCGGGCCUCAGCAACAACAACAACAACAGCAACGUGGUCAACAAUCCCGCCAACGGGGCCCUGGUGGCGGCAACGGCAGCCGGUGGUAUCCAGCUGAUCGGCAGCAGCAAUGGACCCGCCGGACCCAUUGACCACCAUCGUGUGGCGGACAUUCCGGAUGUGGUGGCGAAGAUCGAGAUGAACGCGAAGGAAAACGCCAUCUUGAACAUGAACAACAACAACAGCAGCACCGCCAACAAUAACCUCAACCUCGCCAACAACAACAACAAUAACAAUCAUACCACGCUGAACAACAACAAUCCAAAUGUGAUAAACCAAAACAAUGGCAACAGUUGUCUCGGUGUGGGCAUGCAGCUAAUUCGGGCGCGAAAAUCACCCACCCUCUGUGAGGACCUGGAAAUUCCAAGGGAUCAACCCGAUCCGGACUACAUCAAGAUGUUCGUCGGUCAGGUGCCUCGGUCGAUGGACGAACAGCAGCUGAAGGAUAUGUUCGAGGAGUUUGGCCGGGUGCACCAGAUCAAUGUGCUGCGGGACAAGGCGUCCGGGCUGAGUAAAGGGUGCUGUUUUGUGACGUUUUAUACGCGAAAAGCGGCUCUCAAGGCCCAGGAUGCGCUGCACAACAUCAAAACGCUUGGGGGGAUGCACCAUCCGAUCCAGAUGAAACCUGCCGAUAGUGAGAAUAGAAAUGAACGGAAACUGUUCGUGGGUAUGCUGAGUAAAAAGUACAAUGAGAACGAUGUGCGGCAACUUUUCUCCGGUCAUGGUUCGAUCGAGGAGUGUACGGUGCUGCGGGACACGUCCGGACUGAGCAAAGGCUGUGCUUUUGUAACGUUCGCCAGCAAACAGGCGGCGAUUGGCGCGAUCAAGUCGCUGCACCAGAGCAAAACGAUGGAAGGCUGCUCGGCGCCGCUGGUGGUUAAGUUUGCCGAUACGCAAAAGGACAAGGACGCCAAACGGAUGCAGCAGAUGCAGUCGAACCUGUGGAGCAUUGCCGGCAUCAAUCAGCCGAUCACACAGUCGGUGACACCCAUGACGGCCCCGGCUACCGGCCAUCAUCCGAACCCACCGCAGCAGCAGACACCGUUCCUAGCGGCCGAUGCGAUUUCACCGGCAUCCCUGACGCUUCUGCAGCAGCUACAGGCAGUGGCCCAGCAGCAGCAAUUUCUGCAAGGUCUCGGUGCUCAGACGGACACCACAACGGCGGCAGCCGCGGCCGGACUGUUGAGUCCGCUGUCGAUGCAGAACCUGGUUACGCUGGCAGCCAUGACGCAGCCCUCGCUACAGGCAGCCGCCGCUCAGACGCCCAGCGCGGCCUUAACCAACGCAGCGACCUCACUGUGUCUCCUAGGGAAGACAGCAGCGACAUCUGCCUCAGGGGCAGCCGGAACGGAAACCGCACUGACGCCGUACGCCGCACUGCCACAAUUUGGCUCGGCAGCAGCAACAGCAUUCACCACAACGCCUUUAGCUAAUCACACGAUGGCGCAAGCAGUGGCCGCGGCCGCUGGUAAGCAGAUUGAAGGUCCCGAGGGCUGUAACCUGUUCAUCUACCACCUACCGCAGGAAUUCACCGACACCGAUCUGGCCUCGACGUUCCUCCCGUUCGGCAACGUAGUGUCCGCUAAGGUCUUCAUCGACAAGCAGACCAACCUGUCCAAGUGUUUCGGUUUCGUGUCCUUCGACAAUGGAGCCUCGGCGCAGGCCGCCAUCCAGGCGAUGCACGGUUUCCAGAUCGGUACCAAGCGGCUGAAAGUACAGCUGAAGCGUUCGAAGGACGCUUCCAAGCCGUAUUAGGCUUGGCAGUAGUAAGAAGGAGAAGAUACCAGCCGGAGAACCGUUGCAGGUGUGUGUGUGUCAGUGUCAGUGGGGCAAAUUGGAGAGGAAGCAGCUAAUCGUUCGUCGUUCUGUUCGUGCUUGUCGGUCUAUUGCUAGAGAGAUAAGUUCAAUUGUUUUAUAUUUUUUUUACAUAAGACACAACCACACACCUACAAACGCGCAACCAUUGAUUGUCACUCAGUGUCGUUACUGUCGUUGAGUAGAAACACAAACACUAAACUGUUUCCUGUUUCCGGAUUGCUAGAGAGAAGGUUGUCGUUUCCUGUUGGAUAUUUUCCCCUUGAUUCAUUUAACUUUUUUUUCGUUACUUGUUCGAUGAUAGUUCGGUGAGAAGACAAGAAUUCCAAAAAACUUAUGAUACAAAAAACACAAACAAACUAGCACAAGCAAACAAACUAAGCAAAAAAGGUAGCUGCGCAUCGAUCGCCGUAGACUAAUAAUGUUCAUCUUAUCAUUAAUCGGAAUUUGUUGAGUAGUUUUUUGUUUUCCUAUAUAUCUUUUAUUACUAUUUUUAUUACGAUCAUUACUACUACUAUUAUUAUUAUUAUUAUUCUUUUCGUCAUAGAGGAAAAGUAGUACAAUUAGAGCCUGACGGCUGGGAAUGUUAGCUUCUCCCUGUAAGCUUAACGGAGUUUUAGCAGAUGCUUUUUUGAAACGAUUAUGACCUAGGGAGAAGCUGACUCCUUUUGACCUCCCGGGAAAACCAAAGGCUAGUAGUCAGUUUUCAUUUGUUUUUUUGCUGUUUUUUAUCAACCCCAAGUGAACUAGGAUUUGUUUUACAACCCUACCCAUUGCGGUUAAUGUAACCACAUUAAACCGUAAUGUAUUGAAUUAAUCUGAACUUUGUUUCUUCCUUUGUAUUUUAAACAUAACGCAAAUGAAUUAUUUGAAUUGGAUUUUUUUUUGUUACUACUUGUUUUUCUUUUCAAGUUUCAAUUUUACGCAUAAGAGUAAACGAUUAAUAAUUUAUUAUCAUACCGAUUCACUGAUUAUCAACCAAUUAGUUUAUUAGCAGUUACACGUAUAUGUAUUGGUUAAGUUGACGGAAUACAAAUAAACUAACCGAAAGUGCAGCUUGUGGAGAAACACUAUAGUUUGAUGAGGGUGAGCUACGUUAGUUAGGCAGUUGAACACCGAAACACGAACACGAGCACACCACCAAUAGCACAAAGCACGUACCGAAAAACUAGAUGAAAAAAACAAAACUUUGUUAAUAGGAAGUUAUGUAUACAUGUAACUAUUUAUGUAUAAUCAGAUUAAAUGUCACUCAUUCAUUAUUCA